AUGGAUAGUCAAUUUCAAAAAGAUUCUAAUUAUUUUGGUAUACAACACUUACUCAGUAAAUAUAAUCCAUCUCAGUUAAACUUAAAAUAUUACAAUUCUACUUUAUCAUAUGAGGAGAUCACAGUAAUUAUUGCAAAACGUUUAUACUACUCUGAAAUUUCAAAGUUUGUAUAUUUAACUAUUUUUUUACUUAAUAUCUUUGUCUUCUUUAGAGGAUUUAUUGGUAACAAAUGUGGUGAUUUUAUUAGUACUGUAAUAGAAGUAUUUAUUACAUCCUUUCUUCUAUUUGAAGUUAUAAUAAAGAUUUUUUUAAUGGGUAAUAGAUACUUCAUAUUUAAGCACAAUUUUUUUGAUUUCUGUAUAAUGCUGACAUGUGUAACACUCUUAUUGUUUAAUGGAGAUAUUUCACGUGUAUUUAUGUAUAAUUAUAUUAAGAAAUUAAACAAAAAGCAGAUAACUACAGAUGUUAUUGAACAAAUUUUAACAAGUGCUAGAUUCCUUAUUCAAGCCAUUAGAACAUACACUAUUGCUAAGUAUCAUGGUAGAACUGAGUCUACUAGUGGAAUUAUAGAUUUCGAAAACCUAAAAAAUAAUGAAGAUAUUGGGCAUAUAGAGAUUUUUCACUCUAAAGUUUAA